CCAUUUAGCAGUCGUAACUUCCGGCGUGUGUUCGUGCGGCAGCCAUAUUUCACUUCCGUUGUUCAAGGGUAACUGAACGCAGCUCGUCGACAUGUACCGGUUCGCUAAAGCCGCCGUGAACAUCUCCGGUCAGGCCGUGAGGCAGGCGAGGCAGGUGAGGCAUGGAUCCACCGCCCCAGACUUCCACGCCAAGUACGGCAACGGCCUGAUGAUCGGAGGCACCGUCUUCUGCACGGCUGUGUGGGCAUACGUGCUGACUCAGACCGGCAUCACCUGGAAUAUGUCACCUGUUGGGAAGGUGAUGCCCCAGGAGUGGAGAGAGGCCGAGGAGUGAAGAGCCGCCAUGACUCACCCACUUCCCACCUAAUAAUAAUAAACAAUAAUAAUAACAAUAAACCUUCUGGUUGUACAGAUGAAUGACGCCUGUGUUUGUUCCAACAUGUUACUGUUUCCAAAUAAAUUAAAGUGUGAUUUCACUGA